AUGAGGAUUAAAAGACAUUUUCGAUAUAUUUUUUCAUGGUAUCCUUAAAGAGUUGGAUUUAAAUUUUGGAGAAAAACAUGGCCUGAAUAAUGCUAUUAUGUAGUUAAAGAUAUGAAAUUAAAAGAUUGGGGACAUGGUAGAGCAUUUGGUAUUUUAUAUUGGAAAGGAAUUUAGUAAAAUAAUACACCUGUAAGGAUUAGAAACGGUAAUAAAAGAGGAAUUUGGAGAUAUGAUAUAAAUAAUGCCAAAGCAACUUUAGAUAAUGGUUUACAUUAUAGUACUUAAGAAUUAUUAGCAUAUAAAAACAGCAGAUCAUAUAAAAUUAAUUCAGAAAUAUAAAAAUAAUAGGAAUAAUAAUAAGAAGAAGAAACACAAGAAGAAAAAUGA